CAGCGGACAAGCCACUUUUCAGGUUCGGAGACUCCAUUCUCCAACUAUCAUCUAGCGCUGUGUAUAAGUCAGUUGCUGAGACCUUUGUUCUUUCCACUAUUACCCCCGUCGUUGUUCACACCGACUCCAAACAGGAGACACUGUCGGAAACUCGUGCUACAUACUCUGCGCUCCUUGAAAGUCUUCUGGUCUUCACCGAAUGGCUUCUACAGGUCCCGGCUCUCUAUUUGGAGGCGGAGGCGGCUUGGGUGCCACGACGCAGGCGCCAAACACCUCCACAAGCAUCCUCGGGAAUUCCUCCGCGACACAGACUUUUCCGGGCGCCUCUCUAUUCGGAUCCAAGCCGCAAGACCAACAACAGCCUGCGCAGUCCUCAAUGUUUCCCCAAUCCCAGGCGCAGCCGGGUUCUAGCCAGGCAACCCAGCCCGCGUUCUUCAACAGCUUACUGGAACGCGGUCGAAAGAGACCACUCUCGUCGAUGGCGCAAAGCAACAACUUUGAAGAUUUACCUAGCCUUCAAUUGGGUUUGGACGAUAUUCGGAGGAAGGCAAGGGAGCUCGGCAGCCCCAGGGCAAAAGACUCCCAGCAACAUGUCCCCAACAACAAAGCUCACUAUUUGCUCGCUGCAUCGGGCGUCUCACCGGGGCACGCACUGCGAGACCUGAAGGCGCUGGAUCCGCAAAUCCCAGCAACGGCUCCUCCCAAGGAUCAGGAUCAAUUUGAUCCCGACAAUCAGAAGUUCCUGCGAAACAUGCAGCAGCGUGGUCGCCAAGUGAUGAUCGCGGAAAGUCUAACCCGAACCCACAAGGAUUUUGAUGCCUUUUUGGAGGAUAAAAUUGAUCUAGAUUGGGAGGAUCAACGCCGAAAAAUAUUCCAACAUUUCGGCUUGGCCCAAAAAGAUGGUGCUCCUAGCGAAGGCAAGGGCACAUUUGGCCGCUCAACGAGACAGUCCAAGCAGUUCGGUUCUACACAAGCGCAGGGCCCUCAGAAUGCAUCUCGCAGGAGUGUAUUUGGACGCUCUGGCCUGGAGAAGUCCGUCAUUGGAACACCAGGAACUGGAAGGAGCCAGCAACUCUUUGAAGAUGCGCACGACCGUAACGAUAAGUCGAGUGGUCAUUCUUCCGAUCUUCGGUUUUUGCGGGAAAAGAUGCGUCUCUAUGCAGAUAAGGUUCAGCUAUUGAAUUCAGCUAGGCUUCAAGCGCGUACAUUCCCUGUUCUUCAUGAGUUUGCUGAAGUUGAAGAACAUGCAGGUGGCGAUGUCCCUCGCCAACUUUUUGACGCCUACAGAGCUUUGAUUAGUAUCGUUAGAGAGCCCCCGACUGUCGGAAACGCCUCGGAACCUGGUGCCAUACGCGAGCGACAAUUUUCGGAAGACUAUCUAGACGACGCACCUAGCUCUCGCCGGACAAUCAGCCUCAAGAAACGAAUUGUCGAGGGAUCUAGGCUGUUCCUCGAAAAGUCAUUCUACAACGAGGUCGAAAAUGUAAUCGCAAAGAACCCGCGGGAGGCGCAGCUGGGAGGCAUACCGACUGUGGUAAAUAAGAUUCGAGCAUAUAUUCGACUCAAGGCGGCAAGGAAAGACCUCGCCCCUGAUGGGGCCGAAUUGCAGGUUGUUGGCCAAGACUAUUGUUGGAUUCUCAUCUUCUACCUCCUCCGCUGCGGAUUUGUUACAGAGGCGGCUGAGUAUGUGAGCCAAGAUCCUGGGUUCCGGUCAUUGGAUCACAAGUUUGUGACCUAUAUGACAACCUACGCGCAAAGUCGACGAUUGCCGAGAGACCUGCAGCAAAAGAUCAACGGCGAAUACCAACAGCGUUCGCGCAAUGCUCCUGAGAACACUGUCGAUCCUUAUCGUAUGGCGUGCUACAAGAUCAUCGGACGCUGUGAACUUAGCCGCAGACGUUUAGAAGGCGUCAACCAAAGCGUUGAAGAUUGGAUGUGGUUGCAGUUUACUUUAGCCCGAGAAGAUGACCGCGCCGAGGAGGCCGCUGGUGAUGUCUUUGGGCUUGACGAUAUCCAAACUGAUAUCGCUGAGAUCGGCCAGCGCGUCUUUGGAAAGGGUCAAGAGGGCCCUGGCGGUUAUGGAACCUUUUUCCUCCUCCAAAUCCUCGGUGGAAUGUUUGAACAGGCAGUAUCGUACUUGGGAGCACAUGCGCCGGUCAGUGCUGUUCACUUUGCGAUUUCUUUGUGCUACUACGGGCUUCUACGCGUUUCAGACUUUUAUGUGUCUGGAGAAGAGAUCUUGUCCUUCACCGUCAAGCAAUUCCCCCAAAUUAAUUUUGGCCUCCUGAUCACUCAAUAUACGAGGGAGUUCCGCAUAGGCUUUGUUGAGGCGGCCAUUGAUUACUUCUGUUUAAUCUGCCUUAACGCCGAUCUUCCUGGUUCACUGGGCAAGUCCCAGGCCUCUGUUUGCUAUGAGGCGCUGCGGGAAUUCAUCUUAGAAACGAGGGAUUUCGCCAAGUUGUUGGGUGAUAUACGGUCAGAUGGGACCAGGAUCAAGGGCGCUAUUGAGCAGCGCAUCAGCUUGAUCAAGUUGAUUGAUCAAGAAGAAUUUUUGAAGACGAUCACCACGCAGGCAGCCGCUGUCGCUGAUGACAAGGGCUUGAUCACGGAUGCUGUGCUUUUGUAUCACCUUGCCGAAGACUACGACCGAGUCAUUGAUAUAAUCAACAGGGCGCUCUCUGAUUCUGUGGCGGUUGAGCUCGGAGGGCAAUCGUUGACGCUGCAGCCCCUACGACCACGCACUUCGUUAGAACAGGACGGCCAGGAUGAUCCAAAAGCUGGCACCAGUCUUAGCUUGACGGCCGUGGAAAACCCGGCGAUCCUGGCAAGAAAUAUGAUUGGCCUCUACAACACCAAUGCUCUGUAUUACCAGCGCAUUCGUCAAGUCAACCGCGAUGCAUGUGGUCUUCUACUCCGAAUGAUGGAAGCCAAAUCAUUGGUCGAAAUCGGGAAGUGGACGCCCGCACUUGAUGUCAUUAACGAACUGAACAUCCUUCCUUUGCGCGCUAGGAGCUCUGUUCCUUACAUUCGAAGUGCAGCUCAGACAUUCUCAUCCUUCCCCCCGAUCAUUUCACGUAAUGUCGGCCAUGUCAUCAUGUGGAGCAUUACGUGUAUUGGUCACGAGAGAGAAAGGUUGAACUCUGGGGUAUACGAGAACGAGAUCAGGCAAGGCCUCGCGGAGGAGCUAUUGGUCAUGGCCAAAGACCUCAUGAUAUUCUCUGGGAUGGUCAAGUACAAGCUCCCACCACGGGUGUACGAGACCCUUGCUCGAGCCGGUGCGGACAUUGGGGCGUACUAAAGGUUGUCGGCCCGACAACUGCCACCUCAAUCUUUAGUCUCUUAAGUAGCAUAUUUGAAAAUGG